GCUGCUUUUAAACUCUUAAGUUUCGUCUCAGCGUGGUUGACAUGUGGACUUCUGGAGUUCUCCAUCCAUGAGCACCACCAUGGCGAGAAUGUUCUGGUGAAGACAAUCUGGUUCGGUGUGGUAUCCCAGGUCACCCCUGCCCCCUGCCCUCUAAAUGAAACCGAGAGCGUCCCUCUUCCCUCUUUCGUCGCCUGGGAGUCGCCAAGAUUAUCGCCAGUGAUUGACACAUGAACACAAACAUGGUUUCCGACGGGCUCUGCCCCAACAUCACAUGCAACGACACGACGGUGAAGGGCGACAGCAAGCCGGCGACGAGCAUCAUCAUGUUCUUGGCCGGCGUGGUGGGCAACCUUCUGGCCCUCUUCAUCCUGGGCGUGCACCGUAAGGAACACCGCUCCAGGUCGUCUGUCUUCUCCAUCCUGGUGACGGGACUGGCCCUCACCGACCUGCUGGGCACGUGUCUCCUCAGCCCGCCCGUGUUCAUCUGCUACGCCCGCAACGUGUCCCUCAUCGGCCUGGGCGGCGGGGGCCUGUGUCAGCUGUUCGGUUGUGCCAUGAGCUUCUUCGGCCUGGCACCCACCCUCAUCCUGUGCGCAAUGGCCGUGGAGCGCUGCCUGGCUAUUAGCCACCCGUACUUUUACUCGGUGCACAUCCGCCGCAGCUUCGCCAAGGUCACGCUGGUCAUUAUUUACCUCUUCUCCUUAGCCUUCUGCCUGCUGCCGCUUGGUGGCAUCGGCAAGUUCAGGCAGUACUGCCCGGGCACCUGGUGCUUCAUCGAUAUGGACGCCACGGGGGACGCCAACGCCGAGCGGGUGCAGGCCUUCUCGCUGUCGUACUCGUCCCUCAUGGCGCUGCUCAUCCUAGCCGUGUUCGUAUGCAACGGCUCGGUGAUCGUGAGCCUCUGCCGUAUGCACCGCAGCCAGGUGAUGCGGCGAGGCUCUGUGGGCUCCGCCGGCAGGAGGAGGAAGCUGAGCCUGGCCUGGUUCGGACCCGGCGAGGAGGAGAUGGACCACCUGGUGCUGCUGGCGCUCAUCACUGUUAUUUUUGCGGUCUGCUCGCUGCCACUUACUAUCGCAGGCUUCAUCAACGCCAUUCGCCCGUUUUGCGGCGACGACGAGAACCUGACCGCCUUCCGCUUCUACGCCUUCAACCCCAUCGUGGACCCCUGGGUCUUCAUCAUCUGCCGUAAGUCCGUCUUGAGACACCUGCGCUCGCUGCUGAGCUGCCGUUUCGGCAAAGGGGCCGGUGUGAAGAACCCGGCCAACAGUGCCAUGUCUUUGCCCCUGGAGGCCCACAUCCGGCGCCACUCUUCUGACGCGUUGCAGAGCAACUUCUACUCGGGGUUGCCGGCAUCGCCUAGUAAAAGCUCGCCGCUGUGCAAGUGA